AUGGCACUUCUGGGAUAUAUUGUUGGGGCUGAUGGUAUUCGAGUAGAUACACUGAAGAUCGAGGCCGUAAAGAACUGGCCUAGGCCGACGAUACCUACAGAGGUACGCAGCUUCUUGGGAUUAACAAGUUAUUAUAGGAUAUCUGUAGAGAAAUUUGCUUCAAUUUCAACAGUACUGUCAAGAUUAACUCAGAAGGGAGUCAAAUUCCAGUGGACUCGUGCCUGUCAACGAACCUUUAAGUUAUUGAAAGAGAAUUUGACUACUACUCCAGUUCUAACUCUUCCAGAGGUACCAUAUGGGUAUAUUAUUUAUUGUGAUGCUUCGGGUGUGGAAAUAGGUUGUGUCUUGAUGCAGCAAGGCCAAGUUAUAGCGUACACUUCCCGGCAGCUUAAAAAAUAUGAAAGAAGGGAUAGGUAA